CAUAAACACAAAUCGGCAAGUGUCCGUCUCGUUUCGGCUGCAAAAUAAAGCACACCAUACGCACGUUCGGCACGCACGCACCGUGAAUCCUCACUAUUCUCCCGUUUGGUGCGAUAAAAUUGUUAGCUUUCGGGGGUUUUAAACUGUGUUACCCGGUUAAGCACGGCUCCAGCGACUUCCAGAGCAAAGAAGCAAAGUGCAUUUGUGCAGCUUUCGAAAGGGCAAUUGCAAUCGCAAUGUGAAUUCCAUCGACUUGAAUGUGGUUGAGUUUGUGGUUGUGCACCUGUAUCCUCGCGCAUUUUGAUACAAAGAAACGAUUCAAAAGGAUUCCGCCCGGAGUGGUGCAUAGAGAGAAGCCCCGUUCGAUCACGUCACGAUGAAAGCGUCCGGUCCAGCGAUCCCGCUCAUCCUGGGACUAUCCCUGCUCGGAGCUAGCGGUGCCUAUCUGUACAUGUUGUUCAAAAAGAAGCGUUCCAACUCGAAGGGCGAUUUGGUGGAUUUCUUCGCGGGAAAACAAUCCAAACCGGAACCGGCGACAUCGGAACUGAUCAUAUCCAACAGUCUCAUCCCGCUGGUUAUCGGGCGCAAGGGCUACACGUUGAAGCACAUCCAGCAAAGCACCGGAGCCGUUAUCAGCUUCAGCGAUCAAGAUGGCUCAAGUCAGCGGUGCUGCAUCCAGGGUCCAUCGGAAGCGGUCGUCGAAAGGGCAAAAGAAAUGAUACUGAAAGAAACGGCACGACCGCUCACGAUUACGGAGGAAGUGGUCGUACCGCAGGCAGCCUGUGGCAAAAUACUUGGCCGCUGUGGAGACGAACUGCAAGAAAUUUGCCGUAAAUCGAUGGCCAAAGUAUGGCUUGAAGGGCGCGCCAGAAGCGAGUCCGAACGGCGAGUGAUGAUAACUGGCACGGAAGCGCAGAUCAAGGUGGCGAAAGAACUAAUCGCACAAAAGGUGCAGGAAGAUAGUGAGAGUAGAAAGUUGCUGCUCGACUCAAGCCUUCAAACGCGAGAGCCACGCAUACGGACGCCUCCAUCAAGCUCGGCCCCAACACCAACACCGAACGACGGAGGUAAAAAAUCGGUUCCAUCGGCUGCUGCACCGCAAGCGACCGUGGCUAAACAAAGCUCGGCCAAUUUAGGCACCGGGCAGAUGGAGGUGUUCGUGUCGACCAUUGUGUCUCCGAGCAAGUUUUACGUGCAGCUGGUCGGACCGCAGUCCUUGGAGUUGGACUUGCUGGUGCAAAAUAUGACCGUGUAUUACAGCCAGCCCCAGAACCGCGAGCUUCACCGGAUACGUAAACCGUACCUGGGGCAGAUAGUGGCGGCCGAGUUCAACGCAGACAACAAAUGGUACCGGGCCGAAAUAAGUGCCAUCCUGCCGAACGAAUACAAACCGGGUGAGGUGGUGCUGGACCUGUUCUUCGGCGAUUACGGCGACAAUCAGUACACCAAUCCGAACGAGGUGUACGAGCUGAAGCCUGAGUUUCUGGCGCCACGAUUCCAGGCAAUAGAAUGUUUCCUGGCCAAGGUGGAACCGGUGCAGCAGCAGCAGCAGUCCAACCCGAUGCCGUCAGCGGACGCGUCCAGCGAAGACGAGUGGGAUCCGAUCGUUGUGAACAGAUUCGAGGAGUUAACGCACGUGGCUCAAUGGAAAAAGAUUGUCUGGAAAAUUGUCACGUACCGGAACGGCAAGAGCCCACUGCACGGACGCGAGUCAUCACCCAUUCCGGGCGUGGAAUUGUACGACACGGCGCCGAACGGUACGGAUCUCAUCAACAUCGGGCAGCAGCUGAUUGCCGAAGGAUUGGCACGCAACACAACCUACGACCGAACGGAUGACCUGUCACGCAGUCAACUGUUUCGGUUAGGGCUAACGAAUGCCGGCAGCACGUCACAGUCGUCGAGCAUUGACGAGAAGAGUGCUUCAAGUAGUACGUCUGCCUCGACCGUCGUAUCAUCCGGAAGGCAUACAGGCUCAUCGCCCGAACAGGUGCAACCGAACGCGGUGCAGUACAGAAGUUUGGCAAAUGGAACGCAUUAAACACGCGCCAGUAUAGGAAUCUUUUUUACCCCGCCAGCUGCCUCGAGCGGAAGGUGAGGACAGUAAUAAUUGAACCACAAAGCUAAGAAAGGGUAGUACUCACAAUACCCGGACAUCACGAACGAUUCUUCUUUGGUUGUACAACCUCGAGAGGUGCUGGCCGGUCAUUCCUGGCAUGCGCUUGACUUGAAGCUCAAAAACCCACGGAUGUAUAUACGCUUGCCACUUAAGUUCCUCCUCUUGUUGAUCUAGCGUUCGCUAUAGUACUUAGCCCACACAGAAUUGCGUGCUUUUAUUGCGAUACGUCGUUGUACAAGCAAUCAUAUUAAGUUUUACGCCCGUUGUAUCAAUACCGGUGUUAGCAUUAGAGAGAUGUUUUAUUCGCACGUUAAGAACUGGUAUGGCCCCCUUAUGCUCCUACGCUGAGGAUCGGAGGGAGAGUGUAGCUAUCAGGUAGAUGGUAAGCAUGAACGAUACAAUCAACUUCUAUCCGUUAUCGAAGAACAUGAGCUUCAAUCCAGAAAAAAAACCCAUUGUGAUGUCGUUUCUAGAACGAGCUAGGUGUGACGUGUGUGUAUGUGUGUGACUGGGAGUGUAGAGAGAGCAAAAGCUUGAUCUUGAUCGAAAGCAAUAGGUAGCAGAACGAGGCGAGAUUGGAUACAAUGAUCGAAGAAAUGGAUUUUUUAUCUCACGCAAGAGGUGGCAAAAUUUGUAAAACAAAGGCCGAUAAUGAGAAGCAAGGUACGGUUUUUGCUGUCAGUAUUGUGGUUAUAAGGGACCGAUCGUGAGGCUCAAUAGCAUUUACCAUCACCACCCACCCUCCCUUUCCGUUCACCAUCCACUGCAUGUGAACAGCACAAGCUUUUGGCCGUUUCUGUUGCUCCCAUACCCAUUACCUUAACUUGUCAAUCGAUCGAAUUCACGAUAGAUGGGAGAGGGGGGGGGGGGGGUGUUUUUAACUUAUAUACAUAUAUUACGUUUUAGAUUCGUUCAUUCGUCCACUGUAUUCGAGAAGUGCUUAUUAAGCCACCGCCACCAACCCAAUGCUCAGAGAGAACAGGACGAUUGAAGUUGAACAAUCUUUUUUCCCUAGAAGUGCAGUUGGAUACUGUUGGAAGUGUGUUGUAAUGAAUAAAAUUUUAAAACUGACAUUAGCUAA